CUUUAAAAUAUUUUUUUAGUACCUUUGGAGACUGUUAGAAUUUUUGUUGAAAACAAGGAUGGAUCGUUUUCCCCUGCUCCUUCUCCUACUCCUCAAUCAGAUAGGUUCAGUAAGGUUCCUGGCAAGCACAAGAUUAAAGCCCAUGAGCUGAAAACCUUCUUAAAGGUUGGAAGUACUGGUCUUGAACCCCAGGGAGCUUCCACCUUUGAUAUAGAAUGGAUUCCAGAUCUACUACCAACCACCAAGAUUGGGGAACUAAGGAUUCAGUUUGAGUACGGGCAUAUGCAGAACGGACAGUUAGAUCCAAGAUUUCGAUAGUUCCGGUCAACAUGAUAAGCUGUACUGUGUGCAGUACAUUGCUGUACAGUGUAAAGUGCAUUACAAUUUAUUUGUUAAAUACUUAUUUAUUUUUUUGUAUUUUUUUUCAAUAUUUUUUUUAAGCAUUGCUGUGAAUUUUUCGAGACUUUAAACUGAUUUUUGUAUACAUGGUUAUUGGUUACACACACAAGAUGAGACUGAUAAAAACUCAUUUGAUUUGGCGAUCUCAAGGAUAAAUGAAGUAUUUGAUGAUUUAAUACUGAUUUUGCAAAGAAAGAAACAAGUUUACAGUUGCAGCAAAAUGAAUUUUAGUAAAGAUACAGUAUAAAUUCCGCGAAGUCGUCUCUGAGGAGUAACCCUGUAUAUUAAAAUAUAAUAUAUAUUGCAAAAUUAUGCAACUGGCAAGUUUACCGAUGUAUCACUAAUUUAACAAAUAAAAAACUCAUCAGUUUUCAAAUAAAAUAAAUUCUUGCAGUUCUCAAAAUGAUGUAAUUUUUGAAAACCUGUUUUAAAGUUUGUACCUCAAGAAGUCUGUCUAGUGCAGUUUACAUGAUAUAGUUUUAUUUAUUCUUCAGAUGGAAGUUACAAAUAUGCAAAAACUGGGAGUUGGGCUUUCGAGCUUUGGAGUAUUCUUUCUUCUCCUAGGCGUUCUACUUCUCUUCGACAAGGGUCUUCUUGCCAUAGGAAACCUGUUCUGCCUAGCAGGACUAGGAUGUGUGAUGGGUCUGGAAAAGUCGUCUUCUUUCUUCCUUCAGCCCGAGCGGAAAAAGGGCAGCGCUGCGUUCCUGGGUGGAAUAGUAGUUUUGCUUUCCGGAUAUCCCUUCAUUGGAAUGCUUAUUGAAGCCUACGGGUUUGUCGCUUUGUUCGGAGGAUUUUUCCCCAUGGCCAUAUCAUUCCUGAGACAGGUGCCUGUGAUUAGUUUGCUUCUGGCUCUACCCGGAGUAUCUGAUAUUUGUGAUCGAAUAGUUGAUCCCAAAUCUCAAUAGAGGAUAUUUGGGAUAGAAUUGUUGUUCCCAAAUCUCAAUAGAGGAUAUUUGGGAUUAAUAUUAUCCGAUUAAUGGAUCAGAAUUAUUAACAUAAAUAUAAUCAUAAAACUGAAUUCUUAAAUAAUAUUAUCCGAUUAAUGGAUCAGAAUUAAUGACUAUAGUCUGAUAUAUGUGAUAUGAAACACUACUUUUUUAUGUGUCUUAAAA